AUGCAAGGCGAGGUUCCAGCAGGAUGGGGAGAGCCGUCAAGAGGCGAUCCUCGGCAGGCGGUCGGGUUGGCGAUUAACGACGCUGGGAUGCCAGCAGCGGCUCUUCAUCAUACCAGCAAUCCAUAUCACUUUGGAGGAAACAAAGUGCUAGAGCAGGGGUCGCCUGCACGCAAGCUGAGCACCGAAUUACCCGCUACAGAUUCGCCACAUGAAACUGACAACGAGAGGUUGUCAAAACGGCCACACGCGAGGAAAACGCGCAGCCGCAGAGAGGAAAAUCCUGUGGAGCGCAAAAAAGCCCGCCAGGGGGCGUCCGAUAACCAGGCAGCGGCUGACGGAACUAAACCGAGUGACGUAGAAGAUGGCGCUGCCCCUCAAGACAAAGGCAGAAAGCGGAAACUUGGGAAGAAGCCGAACAGCCGGCACGAGCCAGAAGCGACAACGACAGCCGCCGAGUCUGCCACCAUACACCGUGACUCGGAUCCGAGCGGCGCCGAAAACAACGCCAACAAACACACGAGCGGGGCCAGCGGAACGCACGACUCCGACGGCGAGGGUUACAUGCUGCAACAAAAGAGCGGAAAAGAAGGGGAGGCGGUGAAGCAGUCGAAGAGGCGGGAAGGCCGGAAGAGUCUCCCGAAGCGCGAAAAGACGGGUGAUGGUCCUUCUGUGUCAGGGGAGGGAGGAAUCAAAGAGGAGUCGAAUGAGGUGAAGAAAAGGGAAGAACGAAGGAAGAGUCGGUCAAAACGUGAGAAGGCCCAUGACGGCACGAUGGUGUCAGAGGAGUUUGAAGGGGAGGAGGUGAAGGCGUCGAAGAGGAGGGAAGGUAGGAAGAGUCUCCCGAAGCGCGAAAAGACGGGUGAUGGUCCUUCUGUGUCAGGGGAGGGAGGAAACGAAGAAGAGUCGAAUGAGGAGAAGAAACGGGGAGACCGAAGGAAGAGUCGGUCAAAACGUGAGAAGGCCCAUGACGGCACGAGGGAGUCAGAGGAGUUUGAAGGGGAGGAGGUGAAGGCGUCGAAGAGGAGGGAAGGUAGGAAGAGUCUCCCGAAGCGCGAAAAGACGGGUGAUGGUCCUUCUGUGUCAGGGGAGGGAGGAAACGAAGAAGAGUCGAAUGCGGGGAAGAAACGGGGAGACCGAAGGAAGAGUCGGUCAAAACGUGAGACGGCCCAUGAUGGCACGAGAGUGUUAGAGGAGUUUGAAGGGGAGGAGGUGAAGGCGUCGAAGAGGAGGGAAGGUAGGAAGAGUCUCCCGAAGCGCGAAAAGACGGGUGAUGGUCCUUCUGUGUCAGGGGAGGGAGGAAACGAAGAGGAGUCGAAUGAGGUGAAGAAAAGGGAAGAACGAAGGCAGAGUCGGUCAAAACGUGAGAAGGCCCAUGACGGCACGAUGGUGUCAGAGGAGUUUGAAGGGGAGGAGGUGAAGGCGUCGAAGAGGAGGGAAGGUAGGAAGAGUCUCCCGAAGCGCGAAAAGACGGGUGAUGGUCCUUCUGUGUCAGGGGAGGGAGGAAACGAAGAGGAGUCGAAUGAGGUGAAGAAAAGGGAAGAACGAAGGAAGAGUCGGUCAAAACGUGAGAAGGCCCAUGACGGCACGAGAGUGUCAGAGGAGUUUGAAGGGGAGGCGGUGAAGGCGUCGAAGAGGAGGGAAGGUAGGAAGAGUCUCCCGAAGCGCGAAAAGACGGGUGAUGGUCCUUCUGUGUCAGGGGAGGGAGGAAUCAAAGAGGAGUCGAAUGAGGUGAAGAAAAGAGGAGAACGAGGGAAGAGUCGGUCAAAACGUGAGAAGGCCCAUGACGGCACGAGGGUGUCAGAGGAGUUUGAAGGGGAGGAGGUGAAGGCGUCGAAGAGGAGGGAAGGUAGGAAGAGUCUCCCGAAGCGCGAAAAGACGGGUGAUGGUCCUUCUGUGUCAGGGGAGGGAGGAAUCAAAGAGGAGUCGAAUGAGGUGAAGAAAAGAGGAGAACGAGGGAAGAGUCGGUCAAAACGUGAGAAGGCCCAUGACGGCACGAGGGUGUCAGAGGAGUUUGAAGGGGAGGAGGUGAAGGCGUCGAAGAGGAGGGAAGGUAGGAAGAGUCUCCCGAAGCGCGAAAAGACGGGUGAUGGUCCUUCUGUGUCAGGGGAGGGAGGAAUCAAAGAGGAGUCGAAUGAGGUGAAGAAAAGAGGAGAACGAGGGAAGAGUCGGUCAAAACGUGAGAAGGCCCAUGACGGCACGAGGGUGUCAGAGGAGUUUGAAGGGGAGGAGGUGAAGGCGUCGAAGAGGAGGGAAGGUAGGAAGAGUCUCCCGAAGCGCGAAAAGACGGGUGAUGGUCCUUCUGUGUCAGGGGAGGGAGGAAACGAAGAGGAGUCGAAUGAGGUGAAGAAAAGGGGAGAACGAAGGCAGAUUCGGUCAAAACGUGAGAAGGCCCAUGACGGCACGAUGGUGUCAGAGGAGUUUGAAGGGGAGGAGGUGAAGGCGUCGAAGAGGAGGGAAGGUAGGAAGAGUCUCCCGAAGCGCGAAAAGACGGGUGAUGGUCCUUCUGUGUCAGGGGAGGGAGGAAACGAAGAGGAGUCGAAUGAGGUGAAGAAAAGAGGAGAACGAGGGAAGAGUCGGUCAAAACGUGAGAAGGCCCAUGACGGCACGAGGGUGUCAGAGGAGUUUGAAGGGGAGGAGGUGAAGGCGUCGAAGAGGAGGGAAGGUAGGAAGAGUCUCCCGAAGCGCGAAAAGACGGGUGAUGGUCCUUCUGUGUCAGGGGAGGGAGGAAACGAAGAGGAGUCGAAUGAGGUGAAGAAAAGGGGAGAACGAAGGCAGAUUCGGUCAAAACGUGAGAAGGCCCAUGACGGCACGAUGGUGUCAGAGGAGUUUGAAGGGGAGGAGGUGAAGGCGUCGAAGAGGAGGGAAAGCCGGAGGAAUCUCUCGAAGCGGGAAAAGGCCGGUGAUGGUCCUUCUGUGUCACGGGAGGGUGGAAACAAAGAGGAGUUGAAUGAGGUGAAGAAAAGAGGAGAUCGAAGGAAGAGUCGGCCGAAACGUGAGACGGCCCAUGAUGGCACAAGGGUGUCAGAGGAGUUUGAAGGGGAGGAGGUGAAGGCGUCGAAGAGGAGGGAAGGUAGGAAGAGUCUCCCGAAGCGCGAAAAGACGGGUGAUGGUCCUUCUGUGUCAGGGGAGGGAGGAAACGAAGAGGAGUUGAAUGAGGUGAAGAAAAGGGGAGAACGAAGGCAGAGUCGGCCGAAACGUGAGACGGCCCAUGAUGGCACGAGGGUGUCAGAAAAGUUUGAAGGGGAGGAGAUGAAGAAAUCGAAGAGGAGGGAAGGUAGGAAGAGUCUCUCGAAGAAGGCGAAGGCAGAUGAUGGUCCUUCGCUGUCACCGGACGCGCAAAGCGAAGAGGACGCCGCGCAGGUUGGAAGGCAUACGGGCGAGGGCGAGGUCCGAGGAGUGGCGAGUGGUGAAGAGGCAUUGACUGGCGACGCUCUGCCGGUUGAGUCGGAUGGUUCGAGUGAAGUCCAGACGGUCCAGAGUGCGGGUGGAGCAGAGCGGGGAGGCGCGAUGCCUGACGAGACAGGGACACAGAGGUGGGAAGGACAGAGCAUGAUGGAUAUGCCGGAGACCGCUGGCGAGGAGACAAGCGGAUUGGUCGGCGAGCAUGGCGGCGAUGGUCCUUCGCUGUCACCGGACGCGCAAAGCGAAGAGGACGCCGCGCAGGUUGGAAGGCAUACGGGCGAGGGCGAGGUCCGGGGAGUGGCGAGUGGUGAAGAGGCAUUGACUGGCGACGCUCUGCCGGUUGAGUCGGAUGGUUCGAGUGAAGUCCAGACGGUCCAGAGUGCGGGUGGAGCAGAGCGGGGAGGCGCGAUGCCUGACGAGACAGGGACACAGAGGUGGGAAGGACAGAGCAUGGUAGAUACGCCGGAGACCGCUGGCGAGGAGACAAGCGGAUUGGUCGGCGAGCAUGGCGGCGAUGGUCCUUCGCUGUCACCGGACGCGCAAAGCGAAGAGGACGCCGCGCAGGUUGGAAGGCCUACGGGCGAGGGCGAGGUCCGGGGAGUGGCGAGUGGUGAAGAGGCAUUGACUGGCGACGCUCUGCCGGUUGAGUCGGAUGGUUCGAGUGAAGUCCAGACGGUCCAGAGUGCGGGUGGAGCAGAGCGGGGAGGCGCGAUGCCUGACGAGACAGGGACACAGAGAUGGGAAGGACAGAGCAUGGUGGAUACGCCGGAGACCGCUGGCGAGGAGACAAGCGGAUUGGUCGGCGAGCAUGGCGGCGAUGGUCCUUCGCUGUCACCGGACGCGCAAAGCGAAGAGGACGCCGCGCAGGUUGGAAGGCCUACGGGCGAGGGCGAGGUCCGGGGAGUGGCGAGUGGUGAAGAGGCAUUGACUGGCGACGCUCUGCCGGUUGAGUCGGAUGGUUCGAGUGAAGUCCAGACGGUCCUGAGUGCGGGUGGAGCAGAGCGGGGAGGCGCGAUGCCUGACGAGACAGGGACACAGAGAUGGGAAGGACAGAGCAUGGUGGAUACGCCGGAGACCGCUGGCGAGGAGACAAGCGGAUUGGUCGGCGAGCAUGGCGGCGAUGGUCCUUCGCUGUCACCGGACGCGCAAAGCGAAGAGGACGCCGCGCAGGUUGGAAGGCAUACGGGCGAGGGCGAGGUCCGGGGAGUGGCGAGUGGUGAAGAGGCAUUGACUGGCGACGCUCUGCCGGUUGAGUCGGAUGGUUCGAGUGAAGUCCAGACGGUCCAGAGUGCGGGUGGAGCAGAGCGGGGAGGCGCGAUGCCUGACGAGACAGGGACACAGAGGUGGGAAGGACAGAGCAUGAUGGAUACGCCGGAGACCGCUGGCGAGGAGACAAGCGGAUUGGUCGGCGAGCAUGGCGGCGAUGGUCCUUCGCUGUCACCGGACGCGCAAAGCGAAGAGGACGCCGCGCAGGUUGGAAGGCCUACGGGCGAGGGCGAGGUCCGGGGAGUGGCGAAUGGUGAAGAGGCAUUGACUGGCGACGCUCUGCCGGUUGAGUCGGAUGGGUCGAGUGAAGUCCAGACGGUCCAGAGUGCGGGUGGAGCAGAGCGGGGAGGCGCGAUGCCUGACGAGACAGGGACACAGAGGUGGGAAGGACAGAGCAUGAUGGAUAUGCCGGAGACCGCUGGCGAGGAGACAAGCGGAUUGGUCGGCGAGCAUGGCGGCGAUGGUCCUUCGCUGUCACCGGACGCGCAAAGCGAAGAGGACGCCGCGCAGGUUGGAAGGCAUACGGGCGAGGGCGAGGUCCGGGGGGUGUCAAGUGGUGGAAAGGCGCCGACUCUGCCUGUCGGAGAAAGAGGGCCAGAGUCGGGCGAACGUGCGGAAGAGACGGUACACGCGACGGAGGCGCAGGAGCCGGCGGAGGGGGUGGGUGUAGGCGAGAAGACUGCACUGGAGGAUGGAAUGGUCAUUGGAGACGUUGCAGGAAACUCUAGAGAUGUUGCGGAAUUCCAGGCAGCUGACGCGUGGUCCCGUGAGGGGGGGCGGGUGAAUCUAGAGUUGGGUGAGACUGAGGAGAAGACGGAGCGCAGCAGCCUGACCUCAGACAGCGAGACUGGACGGGAAGCUGUAACGGAGGCCGCAGGCGAGGCGCCUGGCAGCCUAUCAGCUGGAGCUUACCGGAACACCAGUGAGGGGCGGGCGACAAGCAGCCAGAAAACAGAUCCUGAGGCUGAGGCGGCACAGUCUGCAGCUGAUUUGGGAGUCGAGGCAGCUGUGGUAGUCACCACUGGUGACCUCGAAGAGGCCCAGGGCGGUGCGUCUGUGGGAAGCGUUGCAAUAGAGGAUCAAUCACGAGAGGCUGAGCCGCAGGGUAGCGCGUUUGGUGAGGAAGGAGAGGAAAAGAUGUCAAGGAGGGAUUCAGGGCGAGAAAACCGGGGCGCCGCACUAGCCCGCGCCAUGAAGGACGCCACGGUUGCGUCUCGGGCGGAGACGCUGGAACCAAAGGCGGUGGCUGACGCCGGCGAACCUGUUGUGAAGGUGGCGUCUGUGGAAGAUGAUGCCUCUCGGGAGGCUGCGAGGUCGCAGGGGAAGCAUCCGCGGACGAUGGAGAGAAGGCAGAGAGGAGAGGCGCGAAAGCAGGCAGACGCUAGUGUCAGUGGGGAGUCGGGACAUGAGGCGGACGACGAGGAAAGCGCCGAGCAUGUUGUGGGGCGGGCUCGAUCCGUCAAGCGGGAGAGGGCGACCAGAGACUGGAAAGACGGGAAAGGACGCAAUACGCGUGGGUCGUCCCCGAGGAAACGACGCCCAAAGGACUUGUCGGAGGACUCAACCAGCGACUCGGACACCCGAUCAGCGACAGAGGAGUACGAUGCCACCGCAUCCAAGCGAGGUCGUGGUUCAAGUCGGAGACCGUUGACGGCGUCGGAUGUGGACGACGGCGACAGUGAAAGCGAGGCCGUUGGAACACGGGACGAAGACGUGCGGCGCUGGUGGCGGUCCCGCGGCGCGUCUGAAGCGGCCCUCCGGGACUCCGUGGCCGACAGACGGAAACAGAGGCGCCGUCUGACAGGCCGCCUACGAAGCAAGCGCGGGGAGACAGGCACGCGUAGCCCUUUCCACACGGCCAGACCCCCGGCGAGCCAAGCGGAUCGUCUGAAACAGCGGUCUGCGUCGAAUCGGCCAAACUCUGUUCGAUUGGCAGCUCUGAUUCAGGCAGGCGCGGCGGCGGUCCGGGCUGCAGACAUGGUUGCCGCCAAAAGCAAAGGCGAGGCACAAACGUCGACGCAAGCCGGUCCAGGAACUGCGGAAGGGCGUCCGCAUCUUGACCGGAAGGACAGUGCAGCGUUGAGUGCCGAACGCCGUCAAGCGCUGGAAACCGCUGCGGCGUUACUCCAAGUCUUGCCGACGGGAGCAGCCACUGCGUCGGCGCGCGACGCGGAAGGAGACCGUGGCGGCGCGUGGCCUGGAGCGGCCGUCUCGAGUGUGGGGUGGGAGGAACUCGCGACGUCGCUCACGGCCUCCCACCUGAGAGAGAAGGGACUGACGCUGGAGCGAGGUCACAGCUCAGAGUCACCGUUGCUUCGGCAGCGCGGACACCCGAUGCUCCCCACCUACGAUGGAGACGAUGCGCUCUCAAGAAGUACGCCAGACGAGGACUCUGUGGCCAGAGAGAGCCAAGACAAUCGCGGACACUGGGCCAGCACACGCCAUGGGCGGCGACACGGUAGUCUGGAAGAAGUCGUUAGAAAUCCCAACGUGAAGUCGUUCUUCCGCGACGGCCAGCGGUUCGGAGCGUACGAGCUCCACACACCUGAUGAUGCCUCCUACGAUGAAGAGCUCGCCUCAGACUCACGAACGGGCACGGCUCGCCGCCACCGACCCAGGGCGAGGCCGCGGAAUGCCGGGAAGACACGACGCGGUCGUGAGGGGAGCUCGACAGAUGGAGAACAGUCCACCACAGGUCCCCUGUCUCGCCGGAGGCGUCGCUUUUCACAGGGCGUUAGUCAGUCCGAGGAAGACAGCUGGACCCGCGAGGAAAGUCCGUCUUGGAGGGAAGCGAGUGCGGACGGCCCGGCGAACCUUUAUGGAUCGCACGCAGGAGGCCGCAGAGCACAGCGAAGACGACUGGAGAGACAGCGACGGAGCAAUUCCGUCUCUGGUGGGGAAGACUGGGACGAACGAUAUGACAAGGAAGACCGGGGACGGACGGACGCGCAGAAGACAGAGGGCGGCGUCGAAUUGCUGGACGACGAGGAAUUGUCGGAUGACAUCGAAACCCUACAAUCCACGUUGCAAAAGCAGCGCGAGCGAGGCGACGCGGAGCGGAAAGCGGCGCAGGUUCGGCCAGGAGAACCCAGCAACGCAAAGGCGUCGUCUGGAAAGCCUGUAGAGCUACAAGAUGACACGAGGCUUCCCGCGAGCGGAGAAAACUGGGGAGAUGGAUGGGAGAAAGUCAGUGCGAAUGAAGCGGCGGAGACCCCGUCGGACGUGCAGAGGUGGCCCCUGCUUCAUGGUGCGCAUGAGGGCGACAGUGGAUGGCUGCAGACUGAAGCGGAUCCAGGCGACUGGAAGCGCCUUAUUAUCGAGGCGAUGAAGAGCGGCAAUGUCAGCGGCGACGUUCCGCUCAAGCACUGGCUGCCCACACGCAGCUGGCAAGAGUUCUCAGGCAUGAUGACGAGCCUGUCCGACGUGGUGCACGGCAUGCAGGCAAAGUCGACAACACCGGAGAGUUUCGGAGCCGUGUGGAUGGCCAAGAAGGAAGAGAAGCCCCUCCUGCAGAUGGACGAUUCGUGCUUCGAGAGGAAUGUGCGCUACAGUCCAGGAAGCGAGUUCCUUGUUGUGUGGCGCGGCGUACCUACAGCAACGCACUGCCAAGCUCUCUGCAAGCUGGCAACCCCGGAAUGUCACUUUUUCACUUUCAUCCGAAGUGCACUGCUUCCGCUCCACCAUCAGGGAGCCUGCUACUUGCUGCCGCGGAAGACCCCAGCCGUGCGCGUGCCCUCACGCGGUGUCUUCGAAGUCAUCUCCGGCGCUCGGACGUGCUCGACACCCACUCCGGACGCGCCGCCAGUGGACCUCGUUGCCGUGACAAGCAAAACAGGGUGUCCCAGCAGCCCCUCUAUCUGCGAUUCCCUGAACCUGCCUUAUCCGCUUGGAAGCCGCUUCAGUCCUUUCUGUUCCAACACCCGAGAUGGACACUGCGCGAACCUGGCGAACGGCGUCCCCUGCUGCACAACCUGCAACGACUAUCCUGGGAACCCCUGUCCUGAGAAGACCUGUUACGAGUACAACGUGGACUACACCGACGGGACAGAACUGCGGUAUAUUGGAGCCGGAGUCGAGAGUCGAGGCGCGUGCGAGUCUCUCUGCCGGCAGACCGAAGGCUGCACGCACUAUUCGUACUUCUCUACCCCUCAGCUUCCACAGCACCUUCGCGGUUCCUGUUCUCUCCGCGAAUUCCGACUCGCCCCGAGGAACCGCGUCACCGUCGAGGGUAUGGAGAUCGCGGGCGAUGGCCACUCCAGUCCGAUGCGAUCCCUGGUGAUUUUUGCGCCUUUGUUCUGCGAGUUUCCCCAGACGACGACAACGACAACCACGACGUCCGCGCCUCCUCCCAGAGAGCCUGCCUGCAUUAGGGAAAACACCGAUUUCUGGGGCCAUGACCUCGCUUCAUUCAAAGGCUGCGCCUCAGCCGCCGCAUGCAAACAGAUCUGCCAGUCUGUCGACGGCUGCGUGGCCUUCACGUAUGCGGCGAUGACGAAGAAGUGCUAUCUGAAGUGGAGCGCAGCGGUGGAAAAACACGUUGAGGGCCACGAGAGCGGUCCGCGCUGCUGCGAUGCAGCGCCCGACAGUUCGAUCGCGGGAGGCGACGGCGCAGAUUCGCCCGCUUGCCCGCCGCCUCGAGAGGCCGCCUGCGUGUUUGCAGGGCGGGACUACCUGGGGCGCGACAUCGCGUCCAGGAAGGGGCCAGUGUCGGCGUACAAGUGCUACCAGUUGUGCAAGGCAGAGCCACGCUGCGACGUGUGGACACAUCUUCCGGCCGAGAAGCUGUGCUUCCUCAAGAAGGCGGACGUUCCCAAGCACCUGACGGCGAGCGAGAAGAGGCUUCGUUUGCAGGAAGAUUUCGUCCUUGCAGCCGGCGCGAUCACCGGCUUUGCAGACUGCGAACCGUUCUACGGACCUGACGCAACGAAGUUCACCGCGCCUGCGGCCCCAGCGAAGGCGGAGGCCCUGAGGGCUACCGCCGGACCCCGGCGAUCCGAGGACCCGGAGGAUGAGUCGCCCCAGCGCGAGAGCGAGGAAGGCAAGCGGAACAAAACGUCGAAGAAUUCACGCGCUCGUCAGGCGGGCAUGAGUGAGGACGAGAAAUCCUCGCGGCGUCGCGAUUUAGAGGAGUCGAGCGAAAGCGCGGACGCGGCCAGGCGACGGCAGCUCAAGCGGACGGAUGAUGAGCCGAACGGAGAAGUCGACGACGUUCGGAACAGAACGGCGAAGGGGGAAGCGCACAGCGCUAAAGGGAAGACAAUCGUGGACGCGCGACUCCUGAAGAAAGGAAAGAGCGACGGCACUGCAGAGAGCCAGGAAGGAAGGGGUCUGUCGACCGAGGCCACAGCGGCUGUGGAAACACUCGGCCAGCGAAACGGCAGCUCGGCGCCGAGGCAGCCACACGCGCGCGGGAUGACAAGCGAGGGCGCCUUCGAGGAGUACCAAGCACUGAGGACUCACGUUCUGUUGGAGAUCUACGAGGCUCCUUCCGGCUUUCUCGAGUUUCUGUCUGCAUCUGUGCGGUGA